GGUAGUCCGGCAACACCGUUCCUUUAUUUACCUUCUUGGCCCUGUUAGUUUUUUCUUAUGAGUUGGUUUUCAUUAAUUGGCUGUUUAACACAAUGAAAUGAAAUAUGUUCCUUAAACUUUUAAUUGUCCUUUGGCUGCUGGUGGUUCCAGCUCAAUUCGAUUGUGGUUGUAACAAAUUGGACAGAGAUGAUGGUGAAAGCCAUGAGUCGGAAAAAAUCUUUCAAGAAGGGGCUGUGGAUAAAGACGUCGAUGCCGAUUCAGAGCUAAAAGUCUGCCAACAAAAGUCUAAAACAAAUAACCAACACGACAGGGAUUAUUAUCCAGAACCAGACUACACGGAUAUGUCGCUCAUUCCAGGAGGCAAAUAUCUCAUGGGCACUGACGAGCCACAUUUUCCCGAGGACAAUGAAUCUCCAGAGAGAUUGGUGGAUAUUAAAGAUUUCUAUAUGGACAAGUACGAAGUGUCCAAUAAGAAAUUCCGAGAAUUCGUUAAAUCAACCAAGUACGUAACAGAGGCUGAAAAGUUCGGAGAUAGCUUCCUGUUCAAAAGUUUGUUGCGUGAAAAUCAACAAAAAGAGCUCAAAGACUUCAGAGUGGCUGCAGCCCCUUGGUGGUUUAAAGUAAAAGGUGUGACUUGGCGCCAUCCACACGGCAAGGAAAGCAACCUUAAAGGUUUGGAAGACCAUCCGGUCGUGCAUGUGUCUUGGAACGAUGCUGUGGCAUAUUGCAAAUGGGCUGGAAAGCGCUUGCCAACAGAAGCUGAGUGGGAGGUGGCUUGCAGGGGAGGCAAAAAGCGGAAACUAUUUCCCUGGGGAAAUAAACUUAUGCCCAAAGAAGAGCAUUGGCUGAAUAUCUGGCAAGGUGAAUUUCCCGAUGGUAACACUAAGGAGGAUGGCUAUGAAACCACAUGCCCAGUGGACAAGUUUCCCCAAAACCUAUAUGAACUCUACAACAUUGUGGGCAAUGUGUGGGAGUGGACACAAGAUUUAUGGACAGAAGGUGACACCAGCUCGAAUCCCAAUCGCGUCAAGAAAGGUGGGUCGUAUCUUUGUCACAAGUCCUAUUGUUAUCGCUAUCGCUGUGCUGCUCGUUCCCAGAACACUGCCGACAGUUCAGCGGGUAAUUUGGGUUUCCGAUGCGCCAAGGAUACAGAAUGAUUUUUCGAAAAAAAAACAACAAUUCAAAUGUGAUAAUGGAAACAUUCAUUUGCAUAUCUAAGUAUUAUGUUAUUAUAUAGCUUUACAAAACAUCUAGUUGUUAAUUCAUAUUUUGUUUCGCCAAUUCGGGAUUAAAUUGACUAUUGUAUUUCUGAACCACACGAGGUGUAGGUGCAACAUCUA